UGGAGAGGGAGCAGCAACGCCGUUUACUGCUAUUGGCACUUGCGCUUCUGUUAUAUAUUGUUUUUCUCUGUCAGUGGCAGCGAAUCUUAAGGUUUCAAAAUGAGUCGUUGAGGGUCGAGAACAAUAUUUUGAUGCGCUGGAGAAGACGGAUGCGGGCUUCCAGACAAACCAGAGCGAGGCGAAGACUGAUUCUGUUGAACCGCGAAGUCCUCAUCUUCUGCCGAUAUCGGCGAACAGCCAGGAGAAUAUGGAUCUUACCACGCGCUCAGGACUGGUGGCAGCACAUCAGCACUACUUGGGAUGAUGGAGAAUGGCAGAAACACUUCAGAAUGAAAAGAGACUCCUUCAGUCUGCUGUGUGAAACUCUCCGACCCUGGCUUACAAGGAAGAACACAAAAUACAGAGCAGCAGUGCCUGUUGAGGCUCGUGUGGCUAUUUGUCUUUGGAGAAUAGUAACUAACCUUGAGUACAGAUCCAUUGCACAGCUGUUUGGUGUGGGGUUAUCAACAUGCUGCCAGAUCACCCAGGAGGUUAUAACAGCUAUCAAUGUUGUCAUGCGGCCCAAGUACAUCAAGCAUCCAUCUUCAGCUGAAUUCAGAGAGAUUGUGCAAGGUUUUCGAGACAGGUGGAGGUUCCCCCAGGUCGGGGGGUGUAUUGACGGGACUCACAUCAAGAUAAGGGCUCCAAGUAAUAACUCAGCUGAUUAUUAUAAUCGAAAAGGAGAUUAUUCAAUUAUCUUACAGGGUGUGGUGGAUCAUAGGCUAAGGUUUUGGGACAUAAAUGUAGGACGUCCAGGAAAGUUGCAUGAUGCCCGUGUUUAUGCUCUCUCCUCACUGUGUGAACGCGGAAAUGCUGGCACACUUUUCCCCAACAGGACUGAAAGAUUUGAAGGGGUUGAUGUGCCAGUUUUACUCCUGGGGGACUCGGCCUACCCUCUAUCAACAUGGCUGAUGAAACCAUACCAAGAAGGACCUGGAGUGACACCCGACCAACUGAACUUCAACAGCAAACUUUCAUCAUGUCGCAUGGCAGUGGAACGAGCAUAUGGCCGACUCAAAGGCAGAUUUCGUUGUCUUCUGAAAUUAAAUGAGACCCACAUCACUUUUAUUAGUCAGAUCGUGUCUGCUUGCUGUGUUCUGCACAACUUCUGUGAAGUUCACAACGAGGAAUACAUGGACAGGGAAGUUGAGGAAGCAGAGGGGGGAGAUGAAGAGGGACAGCAGCAGGGACCUCAGCAACAUCAUCAUCAACAGCACAUAAUCAGGGAUGCACUGUGCAGAUACUUUACUGCACUGUGAAAGUAAGGGGCAAUUUCUUUUUGUUAUGUUUGGUUUAGUGUUGUG